AUGAACAAGUUGAUGAUGAACAAGGGCUACGAGUUGAACGCGGAAAAACAAGGAAGUGCGGGCAAUGUGGUAGAUGCAAAUUGCGGUUUUGUUGAAUCAAUUUUUAAGAAUAUAACAAAGAACGAAUAUUUUAGUGCAGGAGUUGGAAUAAUAUCAGUAGGUGCAUUUGUGACAAUAGCAAACAGAUUAAAUAGUUCAAUUUAUCAAGCAGUUAAAAAAAACUUGUUCACAUCUUUAGAAAUAACUAUUAACGAUGCUUCAUAUUUUUGGGUAAUGGAAUACAUAGUAAAGAAAGGAAUAAUAAGUAGACAUUUAAGUUUAAAAACACAGAUAAUUAAAGAGAAGAAUAAUAAGAAUACUAUUUUUUCCUUUUUACCAAGUGUAGGUAACCAUUUACUAGUUUAUGAAAAUAAUAUAAUUUUUGUAGAACGGAAUAGAGAGAAAAACAUGAUAUCUGAAGUGAAUAGAUCAUUACCAUUUGAAAAUGUCAAAUUAAGUACAUUCAUUUGGUCAAAAUAUAUUUUUGAAAAAAUUUUAAACGAUGCUAAAAAAUAUAUUGAUAAAAAGGAAGAAGGAAAAACAUUACUAUAUAAAAGCUUUGGACAUGAGUGGAGACCAUUCGGUACCCCUAAAAAUAAAAGGCCAAUAAAAUCAGUUAUUUUACCUGAACACUUAGAUACAUACAUAAUUAAUGAUAUAGAUACAUUUCUUAACUCAAGCAAUUGGUAUAUUGAUAAAGGUAUACCAUAUAGAAGAUGUUACUUGUUACAUGGCCCACCAGGAUGUGGGAAAACUAGUCUUAUAAGUGCUUUGGCUGGGUACUUUGACUUCAACAUUUGUACAAUAAACAUUAAUGAUAUAUAUCUAACGGAUGACAGAUUCAUACAUUUACUUGCAAAUGUUCCUCCAAAAACUAUGCUCAUAUUGGAAGACAUAGAUUUUGUUUUUCUCGCUGCUUUUAAUUCGGAUAAUGGGGGGGCAAAAGAUAGUUCCACAUCAACAUUAAGUAGUAACUGCACACCGAGUAGUAACCCCUUAUCAACUGCCCAUUUGUCCAAUUCCCCAUUUGGUAGCCAUAACAAUCUUAGAACGUUAGGAGUAUCAUACAGUGGACUUCUAAAUGCCCUAGACGGAGUGGUAGCUACAGAGGAAAGGAUAAUUUUCAUGACUACAAAUAAUAUAGAUAGACUUCCUAGUACUCUUAUCAGACCAGGUAGAGUAGAUGUAAAAAUACUUAUUCCAUAUGCAGGGACAUAUCAAUAUCAAAAAAUGUUUUUACGUUUUUUUCCUGAACAUACAGAAUUAGCUCAAGAAUUUGCAAAAAUUUUUCAAAACUUUCAUUUAAGUAUGGCCGAAAUUCAGUCCUUCUUUUUAUUCUCGAAACAUGACCCCCAUAAAACGAUACAAAAUGCGCGCGAGUGGGUCGUCUCCUACGCCAAAAGGCAAGGACAGUAG